GAUUAACACCUAACCCCGGAAGUCGACGCCAUAACCAUUCCAACGCCGUCUCUUUCUUCCUAUCAUCUCCACCUCAUAACGCAGACCCACUGUAAUAUCCAGAUCUAGAACACACGGUCAUAGAAAAACGGAAGACAGAGACUGCUUCCAUUCUCGCUCAGACCUCUUUUUCAGUGCCUGUAACAGUUCCAGUACCCCACAGCUUGUGAUCUUCCUUCUCUGGAUUCGACAUUCUUUCAGUUCAGUUUCACUCGACUUAUACUGUUUUUUCAAUUUCUGUUUUUAUUUUUCUCUACUUGUUGCAUGAUUCUAGCUGGAAUUCGGUUUUCUGUUCUUGUUUAGCCUAGUUUCUAUGUUUCUGCUUUGGAUUUGUAACAGAGGAUCGGUUUGGUGUAAAUUUCUGGACGGAAGUUUCUAUCUACUCAACCAUUUGCUCCGUUUCUUCGGUCUACGUUGAAAUGGUCAAGUUUGACUUCACGGUUUUCGAUUUGUUUUCAAUUGCGUUAGUGUAGCUAGAAGAGGAGAAACCAAGUUCCAAUCGUAUUUACGGGAAUCGAAGCUGGAACUUCCUCUGCCUCCACAUCGUAACGAGUAUUAUCGUGGUUGUGAAGAUUUUUGCGGAGGCCACAAACAUUCCUUGAAGUUGAUUGUAGAAUAUUCGAAGCUGAGAUUAAAGUUUGUUGGUGCAGAUCAUUGAGGAGGCAGGGCAGUGAGGUUCUGUCGGCCCUACUGCUCCAUAAGGUCCUAACAUCACUUGUUAUUGAAGGUUUACGGUGUUGAAGCAAGAGGAGACGGCGAGAAAUGGGCGCUGGUGGUGGCGAAGAGCUAAUAAUGGAAGAGACAAGUGGACGUGAAGAGAGAAUUUUGGUAUCAGUUCGUCUGCGCCCUUUGAACGAGAAGGAGGUUUCAAGGAAUGAGGUCUCGGAAUGGGAAUGCAUCAACGACAACACUGUUAUAUUCCGGAAUGCGCUUUCGCUGGCUGAACGCUCCGUGUAUCCAUCCGCGUAUACAUUUGACAGAGUAUUCGGUUGCGAUUGCUCAACACGGAAGGUCUAUGAGGAGGGUGCCAAGGAAGUUGCUCUUUCCGUUGUCAGUGGACUUAACUCAACUAUUUUUGCUUAUGGACAAACAAGCAGUGGGAAAACGUACACCAUGAGUGGAAUUACGGAUUACGCUAUGGCAGAUAUAUAUGACUACAUAAAGAAGCACUCGGAGAGGGAAUUUCUUUUGAAAUUUUCUGCCAUUGAGAUAUAUAAUGAAUCUGUGAGGGACCUCCUUGGUUUAGACAACACUCCCCUUAGACUCCUGGAUGAUUCAGAGAGGGGAACCACGGUUGAGAAACUCACAGAGGAAACUCUGAGGGACAGGAAUCAUUUUAAACAACUUUUAUCUCUUUGCGAAGCUCAAAGGCAGAUAGGGGAGACAUCUUUGAAUGAAGCAAGCUCCAGAUCUCAUCAGAUUCUUAGAUUGACAAUUCAGAGCUCAGCUCGUGAAUUCUUAGGCAACGGCAAGUCGAGUUCUCUCACAGCUACUGUGAAUUUUGUCGAUCUGGCUGGAAGUGAACGUGCAUCUCAGUCGUUAUCAGCUGGUGCACGUCUGAAAGAAGGUUGUCACAUAAAUCGUAGUUUGCUUACUCUUGGGACUGUUAUUCGUAAGCUCAGUAAGGGAAGAAAUGGACAUAUUCCUUUCAGGGAUUCGAAGUUAACUCGUAUAUUGCAAUCUUCCUUGGGAGGCAAUGCUAGAACUGCGAUCAUCUGUACCAUGAGCCCUGCUCAAAUCCAUGUUGAGCAAUCAAGAAACACACUCCUUUUUGCCAGUUGUGCUAAAGAAGUUGUUACUAAUGCUCAGGUAAACGUAGUUGUGUCUGAUAAGGCUCUAGUGAAACAAUUGCAAAGAGAAUUGGCAAGAUUGGAAAGGGAGUUAAGAAGCUCUGGACAAACUUCUGAAAGACCUGAUAUCGCAUUAGUUAGAGAAAAAGAUCUCCAGAUUGAAAAGCUAAAAAAGGACUUAAGUGAGCUUACCAUGGAACGAGACCAUGCUCAAUCUCAGGUUAAGGAUCUCCUUAAAAUGGUUGAAGAGGAUAAAUCUUCAAUGACAUCGCCAGAUUUGGAUGAUCAGUACCCAAGAUUACGGGCGCGGUCUUCCUGGGACUUCGAUAGUCGCCCAUCUGAGACAACAGUAAUGAUAGAUUCUCAAAUCCUCGGUGAUGUUUCUGGAUCUUUUGACGCAUCUCAGUAUUCAGGUUUACAGAGCACUGGUUCUGAUGAUCAUUUUGUGCAUCUUGUUGAAGUUAAAAAGGACAUCCUGCUAGGUAAACCCCCUCCACAAGUAUCAUCGAUAGUUCCCUCUUUGGUUGAUGAUACCCAACCAUAUAUGGAGGAGGUAGAAGAACUGCCCUGUGAGAACUCCGAGGAUAUCUGCAAGGAAGUGCGAUGUAUUGAGAUGGAAGAAUCAAGUAUGAAUAGAUACUUAGUUUCUACCACGUCAGAUUCUAGCCCAGAAAGAUAUGUUGAUUCUACCACUCCGUCUCCUGUCACAACAACCUCGAACGUAGCUGAUAAAGGGCAAAGUAACAAAUGGAAAUUAGAAUCAUACCCUGCAGAAGAAGAUAGCAAGCCUAACAACUUCAGUCCCUUCUAUGUAAUCCCAUCACCAGAGAAACCUUCUCCAUGGAAUAUAGAGAAAGAUAUGAGUAAUUCUGGACGAUUAAAUCCAAUAGAAUCGUACCCUGCAGACGAAGAUAGCAAGCCUAACAACUUCAGUCCCUUCUAUGUGAUCCCAUCACCAGAGAAACCUUCUCCAUGGAAUAUAGAGAAAGAUAUGAGUAAUUCUGGACGACUAAAUCCAACUAGGAGUAGAAGUUGUAAUGGCAGUUUUAUGAGAACCUUAUCUACAGAGAACAUCAAGGAAAUCCAGAGCACACCACCAAUUUGGUUUGGAGAAGACUUCAUAGGGAGACCUGAGAGUUUCCAUGCUCCAUUGAAAUAUGAUGUUGAGACUGAGCGGUCGUCAGUAACUUAUUCUCAAACUUCCCAGAUGAGUGCUUCCAUAGACGAGCAUUGUGAACAGAAUCUUGAAGUUUUAGAAGACGACAAAAGUGAUGUGACCACUCCAGCUACAGACCUAGAACAUGACCAGAUAUCCAACCUUGAGAGAAUAAAUCAACUUCUUGAUAUAACAACGCAGAUAUCCAACCUUGAAAGUGAAAAGCAUCUUCUUGAUGCAGCGGCGCUUGGGGAUAAACCAAAGCCCUUUGAACCUACGAAGAACGUGGAAGAUGUAGGCGUGGAUCCAAUCCAUAAUGACACGAUAAGUCCUUCAGAAUGGCCUUCGGAAUUCAGAAGGCUUCAAAAGGACAUAAUUGAAUUGUGGCAUAUUUGUAAUGUCUCAUUGGUGCAUAGAACCUACUUUUUCCUUCUAUUUAAAGGUGGCGAUCCAGCUGAUUCUAUUUACAUGGAGGUAGAGUUCAGGAGACUAUCCUUCCUCAGGGACUCAUUUUCUCAAGGAAACCAAACCGUGGAAAAUGGCCAAACACUGACACCAGCAUUGAGUCUGAAGGCGCUUCACCGGGAGAGGCAAAUGUUGUGCAGAGAAAUGCAGAAGAGGCUCUCAAGGAAACAAAGAGAGGCCCUAUUCACAGAAUGGGGCAUUGAAUUGGAUUCUAACAAUAGGAGAUUGCAAUUGGUUCACCUUCUAUGGAAUGAUACAAAAGAUAUGGAUCACAUAACAAAGAGCGCGACCGUUGUUGCAAAACUUGUUAACUAUGUAGAACCAGAUCAGGCCUCCAGAGAGAUGUUUGGUCUUAAUUUCACUCCACGCCACGAUGCUCGAGCGACCUUGGAGACAAAGAAUGAAGGUUGUUUCAUAAUGUAAGCUGCUCGCUAAUUGUUGUACAGAUUAUGUUGUAUUCUUUGUUCCUUACUUGGAUAUUUCGAUGUUACUCGAUCUAUAUCGAUUAUUAAUUUAAUUGUAAGGAAUGUGCCACUACGUGGACUUAUUCAUUGUGUAA